GAGGGAAGGGUAGGCAGAAGCCGGUCGGCACGCGGCUUAUCGAGGUGUCACUGACGGACCGGUGUUAAACAGGACGGCAACCGACAAUCUCCCGUCGGCUUCUCCAGAUUGUACUUCCACUAAUACAUACAAACCAAUAGCCAUGCCUUCUGAUUUGGCCAAGAAAAAGGCAGCUAAGAAGAAGGAAGCUGCAAAGGCUCGCCAGCGUAAACCCAAGACCAUUGAUGCACCUGAGGAAAAUGGUGACGUUGGUGUAGAGAGGAUGGACAAUUCAGAAACGCCGCAACUGAAUGGCUCUUCUGUUCAUGAUGCAGGAGUGGCACAAAUUACCAAUGAGCUUGAUGAUUUUGAGUUGAAGAAGGCAGCAGCACGAGCAGUCACAGGGGUACUGGCCUCGCACCCUAAUAGCACCGAUGUUCACAUCAUUAACCUGUCACUCACUUUCCAUGGACAGGAGCUAUUGAGCGACACAAAGCUUGAGCUAAAUUCUGGCCGGCGUUAUGGGCUGAUUGGUCUCAAUGGAACUGGGAAAUCCAUGCUGCUAUCUGCUCUGGGCCAUCGGGAGUUACCAAUACCAGAGCACAUUGACAUUUACCAUCUUACACGGGAGAUGCCACCCAGUGAUAAAACACCACUCGAAUGUGUGAUUGAGGUGGAUAAUGAGCGUAUUGAGCUGGAGAAAGAAGCAGAGCGUCUGGCCCAUGAAGACUCGGAGUGUGAGAAACUUCUACAGAUCUAUGACCGUUUGGAGGAAUUGGAUGCAGACAAGGCAGAAAUGCGAGCAUCCCGGAUUCUCCACGGGUUAGGGUUUUCACCAGCCAUGCAGCGGAAGAUGAUGAAGGAUUUUAGUGGAGGCUGGAGGAUGAGAGUGGCCCUUGCAAGAGCAUUAUUUAUCAAACCCUUCAUGCUUUUGUUAGAUGAGCCAACUAAUCACCUCGAUUUGGAUGCCUGUGUGUGGCUGGAAGAAGAAUUGAAAUCAUUCUCCCGGAUCCUUGUCCUUGUAUCUCAUUCCCAGGAUUUCUUGAAUGGAGUUUGCAACAAUAUCAUUCAUUUGCACAACCGCAAACUGAAGUAUUACACAGGUAACUAUGACCAAUAUGUGAAGACCAGGUUGGAACUGGAGGAGAACCAAAUGAAGCGGUUCACUUGGGAACAAGAUCAGAUUACACACAUGAAGAACUACAUUGCCCGCUUUGGACAUGGCAGUGCCAAGUUAGCUCGACAAGCUCAGAGUAAAGAGAAGACACUGCAGAAGAUGAUGGCCUCUGGGCUCACAGAGAAAGUCAUCAGCGACAAGACAUUGUCAUUCUGCUUCCCCUCCUGUGGGAAGAUUCCUCCUCCUGUUAUCAUGGUACAGAAUGUAAGCUUCAAGUACACUAAGGAUGGGCCGUUGAUCUAUCGAAAUUUGGAGUUUGGUAUUGAUUUGGACACCAGGGUGGCCCUGGUUGGGCCAAAUGGAGCUGGAAAGUCUACCUUACUGAAACUACUGGCAGGUGAUCUCUUGCCUUGUGACGGAAUGGUUCGAAAACACUCACAUGUCAAGAUUGGACGAUACCACCAGCACUUGCAAGACCAGUUAGAGCUGGACCUGUCUCCAUUAGAGUACAUGAUGAAAUGCUAUCCAGAGAUCAAGGAGAAGGAGGAAAUGAGGAAGAUUAUUGGGCGUUACGGGCUCUCAGGAAAACAGCAGGUAAGCCCAAUCCGGAAUCUCUCUGAUGGACAGAAAUGCCGCGUAUGCUUUGCCUGGUUGGCUUGGCAAACCCCACACAUGCUUUUCCUUGAUGAACCUACAAACCAUCUGGACAUUGAAACCAUUGAUGCCCUGGCUGAUGCCAUCAAUGAGUUUGAGGGUGGAAUGAUGCUCGUCAGCCAUGAUUUCAGGCUCAUUCAACAGGUUGCUCAGGAGAUCUGGGUGUGUGAGAAGCAGACUAUCUCCAAGUGGCAAGGGGACAUCUUGUCUUACAAGGAACAUUUGAAGUCAAAGAUGCUUGGUGACAACCCUCAGAACAGCAAGAAGACUCCCAGUGUCUGAAGUAUUCUUAAUAACUUGGCAUCAUUGUUAGGAGAAAUUCUAAGAACAUUACAGAUCAUCCUUUUAGAAUCCAGGCGGCUCAACACAGCAGUAUGGGUGUGGCUGAGUUUUAAGCAUGCUGGAUAAUUUAAAAAUCAAAUUCAAAAAAUAAAUUGUUGUUCACAUAUUAGGUUCCUGAUCCUCGAGGCUGUAGUUUUCACCUGAUUGGGAAUAGCAGGUAGGCGUUUUUAAAACUAAAACACAGCCCAAUGCUUGCUGCCAUCCUCCAGCUAAAUAUUGAGGAAUUUGUCAUCUUGGAGCUUACUCUGAUGAGUUCGGUGCUGCCAAUGUCAUCCUUUUGUCUUGCUGCAACAGCACCGCCUUUACAAAACUCGAUUCUGUGUAGAAAAUCUGACCCGCCUGAAAUAACUGGUCCUGCAUGAGCCGUCAUCCUCUGCUCCACUACUGGAGUUUUGCCCAUAGCCAUAACCAAGCCUGUCUCCAGGCCUGCUCCCAUUCAUUAAAGGUUACCAGAAGUGCUGUAAGCUGAGAUGUGAAUGCUGGGCUACUUUGUGUUCUUCUCAUAACCUUGUAGUCUCUUCAGGACUUGGUAGCCAAGCAGAGUUGCCAAGAAACACAGCACCUCUUCCCCGUGCUGGGUCCACAGCUCUUUGCAUAUGCCAUAGGAGCCCAGGUGGGGAGCUGUGCUUACUUAAAUCUCUGCUGUAGGGGUUGAUUUAGGGUUUUGUGUAUGUUUUGAAGAGGACAGCUGCUCUAUGUGGCAAAUGCAUAAUGUUAACCCACAUUUCCCAUUUACUUGUAUUUUUAUGCUCUGUUUUCUUUGUUCAAAUUGCAAGUCGUUCUAAACUUUAUCCAUCUACAGAUGAUGGUACUGGUGGUCAGCUCUGAUUAAAGGCCAGACUAAUGUUAUAAAUAUUGCUAAUUUUUGCAUUGAUACUUGCUGUGUUGUUGGAAAGCCAUCAACAGCUUGAAUGUAAGGCUUCAGAGAGAAGGUUUAGGAAAGAACCUGGAUGGAACUCUUUAUUUAUUUUGUGUAUUAUGCACUGAGAGCCUUCACUGUACAUAAUCCUGGCCUCUAUGGCUGACACUGAAGUGCUGUUACUGUGUAACCUUCCAAUGGUGAAUCUGUUGUCUGUCUUUACUCUGCUCAUCCUUUCAUUGCAACAUGUGAAGCUGUAAGUUGUUUCAAAGACUUGCAGGGUUCAAAUCCAAAAUACACUGUGUCCCUGAAGAGAU